CCUCCUCCUCCCUCUCCUCUUCCCCCUCCUCCUCCUCCUCCUCCUCCCCCUCCUUCUCCUCCCCCUCCCCCCUCCCCUCCACCUCCCUCUCCACCUCCCUCUCCCCCUCCCCCUCCCCCUCCUCCUCCUUUUCCUCCUCUUCCUCCUCCCCCUCCUCCUCUUGUUCCUCCCCCUCCUCCUCCUCAUCAUCAUCAUCAUCAUCAUCACCCUCCACCUCCCUCUCCACCUCCCUCUCCCCCUCCCCCUCCACCUCCUUUUCCUCCUCUUCCUCCUCCCCCUCCUCCUCUUGUUCCUCCCCCUCCUCCUUUUCUUCCUUCCCCUCCUCCUCCUCCUCCUCCUCCUCUACCUCCUCCUUUUCUUCCUUUCCCUCCUCCCCCCCUCCUCCUCCUCCUCCUCCCUCCUCCCCUUGUUCCUCCCCCUCCUCCUUUUCUUCUUUCCCCUCCUCCUCCCCCUCCUCCUCCUCCUCUACCUCCUCCCCCUCCUCCUCCUCCUCUACCUCCUCCCCCUCCUCCUCCUCCUCCUCCUCCUCCUCCUCCUCCUCCUCCUCCUCCUCCAAGUCCGGGCCAGCCGUGUGGUCGCGCCGCCCGCCGCCACCUGACUCAGUCCAAGUGUGGCCUGAUCUAA